AUGUCGUGGAGAUAUGCGUUAAAAAGUUAUGUUACUAGUCCAGAAACAAUAGAUGAUGGUACAGUUAUAUACUUUGAUGACAAAGUGUCCAUAAUUAAGGACUCGUUUCCUAAAUCAGAGUGCCAUUUAUUGAUAUUGCCACGAUCUAUGCAGCUGAGCAGAAGUCAUCCCACUAAAGUAAUCGAUGCAAAGUUCAAGAAUGAAUUUGAACCAUACGUCGAUUCUGCCAUUAGUCACGUUUUCCGACACUUUCAAGAAAAGUUUCGAGUGAAGAAGAGUCAUGAUGACGAAGACCUCGACUUGGGCGGCGACAUAUUAGAAGAUGAAAACAAGUUUGUGAAAAAAUUUGUACGGGUUGGGAUACACAGUGUACCUUCAAUGGCCAACUUGCAUAUACACGUAAUAUCCAAAGAUUUCCAUUCUGUAAGAUUGAAGAACAAAAAACAUUAUAAUUCAUUUAAUACUGGAUUUUUCAUUAGUUGGGACGAUUUACCAAUGACCGGAAAAAAAUUAGGCACAGACAAGGACAUUGAGACCACGUAUCUGAAAAAACACGAUUUAAUUUGCUGCUACUGUCAGGAAAACUUUAGUAAUAAAUUUAGUUCACUGAAAAAACACUUAGAAUUGGAAUUCAAUAGUUAUUUUCAGCUCAAAUAA